UUUUGUGAGGUUAGAAAACUUUAUUUUGUUUAGAUUUUUAAAUGAUUCCUGCAUUUAAAGUAUCUAUGAAAUUCGCUAAUGAAUUUGUAAUAUGCGUAAAUAUAAUAAUUGUCGAUGGGUAAGAAACAUCUUAAUUUAAAUACUGCCCAGUCAUGUUAAAAUUAUCAAAAAUUUUCAAUAUCACUAACAUCAGAUUUUGUUCCAAUGCUGCUACAAGAACCAUUUUGGAACCCUUAAAAAAUAGAUCGCUUAUACAUGUAAGUGGAAAUGAUUCCACAGAGUUUUUACAAGGUCUAGUUACAAAUGAUAUUAAUCAUUUAAGUCAAAAUUUUCAUUCAAUGUAUGCAAUGUUUUUAAAUACAAAAGGUAGAGUUUUGUAUGACAGCAUUAUAUACAAAUUCGAGACUGAUAACUCAUACUUUAUAGAAUGUGAUUUAGAAAUUGAAAAGCAAUUAGAGAAACAUCUAAAAAUGUAUCGAGUACGAAAAAAGGUUGAUGUUACAAAUGCAUGCGAUAAGUAUCAAAUAUACGUAUUAUUUAAAAACAACUGCCUGAAAACUGAAGAUGUUCAGUUAGAGAAGAACAUAGUAGAUAGCACUGCUGCACAAGAAUCUGCACCUUUGCAAACAACUAAAAAAAUGUUUAUCUUUAAAGAUCCUAGAGUGGCCGAUCUAGGCUAUAGAAUAAUUGCUAAAAAUGAUGUAGAUAUCGAGAAAGAAAUUUCGUCUUCAGUUAUUACAGAAUCUCCCACGCCUGAGGAAAAUUAUAAGUAUCUUAGAUAUUCCCUAGGAAUAGGGGAAGGUGUCAACGAUUUACCUGUAGGUAACUGUUUUCCUUUAGAGUCCAACUGUGAUUAUUUACAUGGCGUUAGUUUUCAUAAAGGCUGUUAUAUUGGUCAAGAACUCACAGCUAGAACGCAUCAUACAGGUGUAGUUAGGAAACGUUUAAUGCCACUCUUGUUUAUAGAACCUCCAAAUUCUUUACCUAGUGAUAAUGUUCUAAAAUCUGAUCAGGUAAAUCUUGGUAAACUAAGAGGCACGGAACAAAAUUUAGGUUUAGCACUGGUAAGAAUAGAAUCUGCAUUAAAUUUGGGUCAGUUUAAAGUUGGAAAUGGAUUGGCAAAAGUAUGGAAACCCCAUUGGUGGCCUGUGGAGUUACCAAAAGAAAAGCAAAAAAUUCAAAAGACUUAAUGGUUUUAAUCUCUUAAUAAAGGAAUCCAUAAGGUGUUAAAUGGAGAACAAAAUUAAAGAGGAGCACUUACUACAGUCCUGCCUGACUGAAGAGCCUUCAACAUCUAAGGCUAACCAACAAGAAGCAUGUACCAAAAAAGAUGGAGAAAUACAGUAUUUUCAAUGCUCAACUUGCAAUCUUCGAGUUCCAUUUGAUUAUUUUGGAAGAAAUCCUUCGUAUGUCAAACAUUACUUUUUAUUAGAAGAUAGUUACUUAAUAGAAGACCCGUUCACACCUCCCAAGAAUGGUAAAAUUAUUGUCUUAGGGGCUAACUGCAAAAAGUGUAAAAAAUCUGUUUGUAAGGAUACUAA